AUGCUACUUGCUGAUUCCGAUAAGUUGCCUUCUCUACUGCUGUUGCCUCCUCGAAGGUUGGUCGACUUCUAUUCGAAAUCGCCCAAAAUCGUGAACGAACCACAAGUUCCGUCCAAAUCGGGCUCGGAGCUCGAUGAAUUACAAGAAGAGGAGCAAGAAGACGAGGAAUCACCGGCAUCUAUGCUUAGAUUGUCGGGAUUGGCAGCGGUUUUCGCAGCAGCAACGUUGUUCCUUUAUGUUAUUUGGAGUUAUGCACCUACUAGUGGAGGUAUGCAGAAACUGGCCUUUCCUAAAAACCUGGACGAUUUGCGAGAAAUUGCUGAUUCGCUAGAAGGCUACAAGUUAGUUCUUACAUAAUU